AUUCUCUUCACCCUGAUACCGGUCAUAUUUGAUACAUUAUUAUUACUCCUUGAAUACUGCCACGAUGCACGCCUUAACCAUCUUUUUUGCCUCUCUGUCUCUUCUGGCCGGCCUGGCUGCCACUCAAGGCAUUCCUGGUGGAGACCUUUGCUGUGGUAACCCAAUAGACGAUCCCAAUAAAUCCUGCCCCGGAACUACUUUUUGCUGCGACACCGGUAGCAAUGCUAAUAUAGGGCGCGGGUGUGACGACAAUAAAGACUUCCCAGUCGGACGUUCUUUCUCAGGUUUUGGUGUCGGUAGCUGUAAAUCUGGUGGCUCGACCGGCACUGUUGUCUGCGGCUAAGAGCGUGUGUGUCUACGCUACAAUAAACCAACUUUGAUAGCUGGGGGACCAGCGGGGCUGGUCCGAUGUCGUUUGUCUGAUGAUCCACCACGGCCACCCUCUUCCAUACCCACGAUUUACAAGCCAUAUUAUCUUCCACAACAAUAGCAACAAUUGAACCACCUUGUUCAAGCCUAU